UUGCGCUCGCCGAGAUGUCAAAGCUAGCGGGUCACCGAUGAGCAGAGCUUCGCUCGCGGCACGUCUUUGAAGGGGUUCCGCUUUAAAUGAAUCAGUGCCGUCUUAACGGAGACCGCGCUGCUUUCAUCGACUGAUAGCGCGCGCUCGGCUUGUAUCGGUGAGUCGGCGCGGAGGCGCGCCCGGGCAGGGAUAUCACCCGAGACCAUCGAGCGGCUGCGUGUGUGUGUGUGGGAGUGCGCCGGACCCUCCGGAGUACUGCAGCGACGGUGUUUACUCCACCGCGGAAGCUUACGGCGAACAUGACCCUCAAGUUACUGUGCAGCUUGUGGAGGAUGCCGUCCAAGUGGCUAAUAUUCUGUCUGGUCAUCUCGUCGCUGCCGGUGUCCUCGCACGGUGAGACGCAACCGAGCCUGGUGAUCAACCCGAUGGGCGAGAACAAGACGGAGCCCGCUGGCACGGGCUUUGUGCUCUUCUGCACAAAGGGCGCCGGGGAGGCCGACUUCACGGACUACAAAUGGACAGGCCCCAAUGGACAGGAGAUCACUGGCGAACGAAACAUCCGAGUGGUGUCUACAGGCAACAGCUACAUUCUGUCCUUCGAUAGCCCAUCUCCACAGGACAGCGGCUCCUACACAUGCAGUGCCCUCUAUGGAAGCACCAUUCCUCUUUCCGUCACAGUUCACAUCACCUUCUACCAUGACAUCACCUGGGAGGACUGCCCACAGAGCCAACAUCUGAUUCUGGGACAGCCGGGCAAGAUUCGAUGUCGUGUGCGAGGCAACCCUGUGCCCCUGGUCAGCUGGCUGAAAGAUCGUGAGGAACUUGACCCCCAACGCUACGAGGGCAAAGAGGACGGCAUCUCGGUGCCAGUGGCACAAGACAUAGAUCGUGGAACCUACGUGGUCUCCGCCAUGGUCUCUGUCACAGGAAAGUUCCAGAAGCGCAACAUCACCGUGGAUGUCUACACGCAACCCAAGAUCUCGCCCACGGUGCUCGACUCGAGCGAGCUUGUCGAGGGCUCUCCGGGCACCCUGCAGUGUUCUGCCGAAGGCUACCCACCACCUCUGUACUACUGGUUUGACCAGGCCAACCGCAACCUGAGCACAGUGAAUGGAUUUCAAGUGGACCCCAGGGCUGGCCUUCUGCAGGUGACGAGCGUAAGGAGGGAAGAUGAAGGAACUUACCGCUGCCAAGCUGUCAACCCUGCUGGCACAGACACCCGUGAAAUAGCUGUGGCCAUCAUCGUGAAGCCUAGAAUUACGGAAUUCCAGAAUGCGACAGUGUCGGUCGGAGAAGAGGUGAAACUUGAAUGCCGUGCACAUGGAAAGCCCAUACCGGACAUGAAGAUCCGUCGGGACGGAAACACUCACUUCCUUCUGGACCAGCAUUUCAAGUUUCAGGAGACCCAAAACGACCAGCAGGAGACGGUGUUGACAAUGACCGCGAUGAGCGCGACACGAGAGAUGGACGGCCUCUACUACUGCUCAGCAGAGAACAAGGCGGACAAGGUGGAGCGGGUCGGUCAUCUCACCGUGCAAUUUUCGCCACAGGUGUUUGCCCGCGAGAACCCCGUGAAGACGUGGGGCCAGCGCCCGGCUGUUCUGGAAUGUGUAGCGGAGGCCAUCCCCAAUGCCACCCUGACCUGGUUCUACCGGAAACAGCAGCUGCAGGAGCGCACGGGGCAGUACUUCAAGGUCGAGGGCAGCCGGGGAAGCAGCAAGCUGACCGUGGCACCCACGUUUCCCGACCGUUUCGGCACGUACGUGUGCGAGGCGCAGAACUUCCUGGGCAAGGGCUCGGUCGACAUCCGGCUGGAAGAGGCCCGGCUGCCCGGAGCCCUGCCCACGCCCCGAGUCGAGUCGCUCACGCCGACCACCGUCACGUUUGCAUUCAUCCACGCUGCCGACGACGGGGGCAUGCCCACCACCAAGAUCAUCAUCAAGUACUGGAAGGACGGCGACCGCGAAGAGCUGGCCAAAAUCCAGGAGUGGAGUGACAUGGACCGAGCAGACACAGUGACUGUGGACGGGCUGGAACCGAAGCACAAGUACUGGUUCCGUUUUGCGGCCCACAGUGCGGUCGGCACGGGCCCCUACUCGGAGACCCUGUCUCGAGAGACUCCUCCAGAGAUGGCACCCGACCCACCCAUUGUGCUGAGCAACGAGAACAGCAUGUACCCCAACAAGUACGAGAUACGAUGGGCCAUGCCACGUGACAAUGGCCGCCCGGUUCGUCACUUCCGCGUCACCUACUUCAAGGUGGACAAGCGGCCAGGCAACAACUUUGUGCGUGCUGAGGAACCCAAGGUGAUCCAGGUGGCCGAGUGGCACAAUGUUCCUCGGGUGGAACUGCAAGGCCUCAGUCCCGAAAGUUACUACCGGGCCGAAAUCGAGGCCUACAACGACAUCGGCUACAGCGAGCCUGAGAGCUUGGUCUUUCACACUGCCAGAGGCGAGGUGCCCACGGAGGAGCAUGGCAAGCAGCAGAGCCGUCUAGGCGGCCUGGGCCUCCCACUCACCACGAUCAUCAUCAUCGUUGUGGCCGCAGUGCUGCUCGUGUUGCUGCUGCUCGACGUGGUCUGCUACCUGCGCUUCCACUGGGGCUUCCUCUACUGUCUGCGGCACUCCUGCGGCGGAGGGCACGCACCCGCCAAGCCCGCGGCGGAUGACGCCAAAAGCAGCAAGGAAUUGUUGAGCACACCUGAUGAGAAGAUGAAAGAUGCCGCUGAAGACACGCCCAUGAUUGACACCAAAGGGCUUACGGAUGGCAAACAACACGACUUGAAAUUUGAGCCUGCUGACAAGAACCAUGCAGCGAAGGGCUCCAAGGCCAGCAUUGCCAAAGACAGCAUGGUCUGACGCCGGGAGGCCGACUCCCCUGUCAUGGAGUGGGAUGUGCGCUGCCCCCUGGCAUUGUCUGCACAAGUCAGCGCUACGAGCUGAACACUGUUUGACCACUUGAUGUGUACAUUUCAUUUCCUCAGCCUUUCAUGUUGUGCACAGCUAAUAAGUUUGUGCAGUGAAGCAUUUGAGUGAGUUUCACUUCUUUCUUUCUGCACAUCAUGUUGCCAUGAUCAACUCUGUUUGACUACUCAAUAGCUUCACUGUACUAGCGUUGUUGUAAUUAUUUGUUUAUAUUACCAUGAUCACUAAGUUGCCUUUGUCUUCAGGGAUCGGACACAUGCACCAUCAGUGGGCUGUGCAGUGAAUUUGGUUUAUUCAUGUAUGUGUACUCGUUACCGGCACGUUGAGCAUAAAUAUGAAGGGACACUUGUGUAAAGCGUGGCUCAGUGCAAGUCCCAUUUCUUUCUUUCUUCUUUUUUUAUUAGCAGGUUUUAUUGCAAACCGAGCAAGUUCUUGAAGGCAGACUACACGCAUUAAUGUUGGACUGUACUACUGCUUACUUUUUCUUCCGCGUUGUUGUUGUUCGAAAACAGUGCUGUACCUUUGCAUAUUGAAGACAUUGACUUGAUUGCUGUUCUGGCAUCGUCUGUUGCUACUGUAGUGGUGUAUAAGAGUAAUCACAUCGAACCAUUCCAUGUAAACUACUUAUUUAGAGCGUUUUAUUGUUUUAAGGUUUUAUCAUGCACAUUAACAAUGUGCUUGAUUGGGUUUUGGUGCUGCAUGGUAAAUGAAGAAUAAAAGCAAUGCUAGACACGAGACGAGAGGAUACACUCAGCGCCGUGUAUGUGUCCUCUCUUCGUACCGCGUCUAGCGCUGUUUUUAUUCUUCGUUUAUCAUGCACAACAUGGCCUUCUGAGAAUGCUGCUAGAGAUGGCCUUCUCUCAAGUUGCCCGCCCCCCCCCCUUUUUUUUCUUUAGCUGAGAGGAGCUGGUUUUCUUUACACUUGCAUAUAAGGAAUAUAUACAUAUAUAUAUACAUAUAUACAUAUAUAGUAAAUAUUUUUUAAAUGUGAUUUCACUCUGGGGAGUGAAAGAAACUGAUCUCUUUUCUAGUUUCAUGAAUCUCCAGGCAUUCUCACUUUUUCUCGGGUUCCCAGUUCCUUCCUUUUUUUUUCCCAGUACAGGGGCUAGGUUGCCUCAUGCUCUUUUGUAAUCAAAAUGUGUGUGUGUGUCUACUCGUGUAAGCAUGCUUGUGCGACUCUUUGUAAAAAGCAUUUCUGCCCACUUGAGAUGUCAUACCAAGGUGCAUGCCAUUGGAGCUUACUUUAGUGAAAGGACAGAGACCAGCAUUUCUGUACAACAUUUUGAGGCAACCUGUUCUAGCUGUAACGACCGGUAGCCAAAAGUGUGAGCUUUUCAAAGUGCAGUUUUGAUGAUGCUUCGCGCAGUAAUGAGGCGUUUAGCCUAAAGGCUUGGCUGAAGCCAAAGGUCUGUGGACAGUGCCAUUGCUGCCAUCUUCAUAUGCAUUAUGGCCGGCCAUUUGUGUUGGUGUUACAGCCUGUUGUAUAGACAUUUGGAUGCUUAAAGAAGUACAGUUUGUGAUGUAACCAACUGUGCUGUGAAGACGGGGUCAAAAGCAGACAUUGAAAGUUGGCCUUGCAAUGUUAUUCUUGGACACUGUGCAGCAACAGCACUCGCAUCACACUGACGUGUGUUACUGCAGUGAAGCCAAGGACGAAGCGGAGUAGUGGCCAUAUUGUCAUUGCAGUGCUGCUAGUUAGAGUAAACCUCGGUUCUCCUUGGAAAAAUCAGUGUGAAAUGUCCUCGAUUGCUUCCUGACCUCUUUGUUCGACAGUGUAGCAUUUUGCCUGCAGCAUUACUGCCGACCACAGACGUGAUAAAAUGUGAACGGGAGAAUCCUAUGCCACAUGAUGUGGUGUGUCGAAGGUGCUUUGAACAGGGAUGGGUGCGAGUUGUUCGCUCUUCAAAUCGCUCAAACCUGACUCUCUUUAGCGGGCUGUUGCUCGGGGGUGGGCAUUUCAGUGGCAGCAUUGUUAACACGCACUGGCGGGAGUUUAUUUUGUGCAGCUUAUAUUAACGCACCUGCUAAAAAGGACUGUUAUCGCUGUUUGUUCUUUAAAAUAGCUUGUGCAAUGUAGCAGAUUUGCAUAACAUUGUAGCCGUCUCGUUGACUUCUGUAUUCGCUAGGCCUGGUUCAGAAAUUGGGGAAACUCGGGUGUUUUUAAUAAUCUUAGUACCUUCUUCAGCUACUGUCCAUCAAACAUUGCAAAUACAGUGGCCAAACUGGUGCUUGUAUGUGAAGAAUCAGAAGUUGUGUGUUCUAAGCAGCCAAUCUUUAAGCUCUGCAUCGACCAAGUAUGUACUUGUGCUGUUCAUCUGUCCAUCUAUAUUUUACAAAUGCUGCCUACAUAUGUGCCUAGAGGUUAGAAAUGUCACUAAAUGUACUGGCACAACUGACCUGAGCCUGAUGUACAGAGCAGUGUGUGUGCUGAAACCAACGAAGCAAAAUAAACUUGCAAAUAGCAGCUUAGGAUUUGGGUCUAACUAAAAGUAAAAGGAGGUAAUGCCAUUUCACACAUAGCACAAUGACAUUUUGCUUAUUGCUCUGCAGAGGGUGUCAAAGUACAUCUCGAGUCAUUGUUGGCUUCCGAAAAGGACAUUUAUGGCAACCACUGUUUGCCGUGUGUCUGUGCUCGUCUUCCGUGCUGUGGAGCAAGGCAGGUUCUUCUUCUAUGUGGGUGCAGAAGUCAACGAGAAUGGCUGCUUACCGUCCCAGUACUUGUUCUCAGUCGCUGCAAGCUGGUUUAACCUUAAUUGAAGUGCGUUUUAACAUUCAUCCGCUCAGUAGGGCUGUUUGUAUAAUCCACUUUGUCUUCGAAUACAGCAGUACACAGAUUGCUCCACCAGUUAAAUUACUUUGUUUUUUAUCUGCAAGCUACGAGCUCCGUAGGUCGCAUAUUUGCUGUGUGUACUUGGCACCAUGUGCCGAAUGGCCGUAGUAACAAGUUUUGAAUGGUUGUGUGAUGAACCAUGCAGGUGUGCGUAUGUAAGCGUGCAGCCCAUAAGAUCAAAAACUUCUGGUUGGUUACGAAUGGCACUCGUUUUCUGAGCGUAUAUAUAUAUAUAUAAAUGUCUAUACAUACACACACAUAUAUAUAUAUAUACAUAUAUGCGUUUGCACUGUAGUGCUUGGAUGGUGUUUCAUCUUGUUCCAUUAAGGGUUGUAAAGUUUCUAAGGUCUGCAGCUGGAACUUGGUCUGUGAAGUGUGUGCAUUAAUAAA